GGGUUUUUACUUGGGAGAAAUCCAUUGUGUAGACUAGAAACUAAAAUGAACCAGCUUCUUCAAGCUAGACUCAGAAACUAAUUGUGAAAGUUAUGCCAACAUAGGAGCUGCUCUUAUUUACUUCCAUUAUUGCCGAUUUUAAAGCUCUCCCUCGCUUUGAGUGUAUAAUGGAAAAGGGCUCAACGAUUUUGACGAAUUGUCUCUUUGUACUGUGAGAAGAAAUUCUUCGUUUCUAGUUGAUGAUGAUGAUGGUGGUCUAAGCUUGCGCCAAGAAUUACUGCUCGCCACUUUUGAGUUGGGAUUUCCACUCUGUUCUUAAUGAGCUUUUCACGAAGCCCAAUUUCUUGAGCGCAUUUGGAAGCCGGUUAAUUAUGUUAUUACGGCUAUGAAUUAUACUACGUGAUUUUACGGCCGACAAUUCUACCACAGAAAAUAUUCGAUGGUAUGUCAUGCACCAUUUUACAUUUUCUGGUUUGAACCUCAGAUAACUAGUAUAAAAAAUAUUAAUGAACUUAUUAAUCAAAAUAUUGAACUAAAAGGGGAGAGGAAGAGUGGAAACUCUUCAUUCUCGUUUUGGUUUUAUAAUAUUUUAGUUUCGUUAAACUUUUAUUUCGUCCAUCUUUAGUAAAAUUCUAUGAUUGUGACAAUAAAAUUUACUAGAUUCUUUUCUUGUUUCACAAAUCUAUAUUUCAUAUUAAAAAAUAUUUUUAUAUUUUUUAAAUAACAUUAACUAAAUUUUUUGAAUUAAUUAAAUAUUAUUGGUUAAUAAUUAUUACAAAGUAUAUAGUAAAUGUAAAUAAUAAACUUUGAAAUAAUCACUAGUAUAUUUUUAAUAUGUGAAUAUUAUAGAAAAUAUUUUAGGAACGGAGAGGGUAAUAAACUUAAAAAUACAACAAAAGACUAGUUAGCUUAUAAUUCUAACUACAAUAAAAACUUUAUAAAUUAGUAAUGUUAGAACAAUAAUAUUUUAUUUAUUUAUAGAAUUAUUGAUUUAUAAAUAUUAUAUUUUAGCUUUUACCGUAUAUGCAUUAAUUAAAUAAAAAAACGACUUUCCUAAUGAUUAUUAUAUUAUUUUGUAUAUAUAAAAUAUGGUUUAUAAAAUUUAAAUUUUGUUUUAAAUAUAAUUUUAUUAAAUAUUAUUAAAAAUAUAUUGAAAUGUUAACAAAAGACAGAGAUAAAUUCUAUUGUGAAUAUAAAAUAAACAAUACAAUUUUUUGUAUCUACUUUAUCUAUAUAUAAUCAAUUAAUUUUAAAUUUUAAUGGAACCAUCUGUUUACGUAUGAUUUCUUAAAGAAUAUUAUUUUAUCGAUUUGUGUUAUAUUUUGAACCGGUCUAAUUUGAGACCGAAAAAAUUUAUUAAUUUACCAUAUAUAUUAAUUCGUAGAAUUGCUACUGUAUGUAUAAGCUAAUCAAUCAAAAGCUUUGGUUAUGUUUGAUUUCUUUGGUCAGACAUACCCCACCAAUAUUCUUUAUUUUUUCUUGAACAACCCCACCAAAAUUCCAGAGAGCCCAUUUUGAUUGUAGCUCUAAUUCAGUUGACGUCAUCCCAAGUAAGCAUGCUUCUCUAAGCACACCCGCGUAUACUAACAAAUUAAAUGACAUCGAUAAAACGACAAUAAAAACUUGAUUUUACAAUGUUUUUGUGUGAUUAUUUAAUUGAUUAGCCGUAAACCAUUUGUUACUAUUUAAAUCUAUAAUUAUGUUUUUCUUAUCGUAAUUUCGUGAGUAUAUAAUCUGCAUGUGGUGUUGUGGUGAUUAAUAAACUUAGGAUGUAAAUGUAAUUUCAUAGCGAUCGCUCUUUCCUUUUUAGCUACUUCGAUUAUAGUUGAAGAUAACGGAUGAACCUAAUAUAUGUUCAGAUCCAAUUACCACUUAAAGCAAAUAAAUGAAAAUCUGUCAUUGUGUAAAACAUGUCAUUACGUCGCAUAUUAAUUUGUGUAAAAGCUACUUUUAUGUGAGAAAUUAAAUUCCAAAGUUCAUAGACAAAAAGAUAAAGAAACGUAGAUCUUACGUCAGUGAGGUUUAGCUGUUAACUCUUUCAUAAACGGACAAAGGAAAAAAGUUCAACGUGUAGUCGAAGGUGUACUAUUUUACAACCGUGACUAGACUUAUAAUACAACAAAAUAAAAAGAGUAAUGAUUUCGUUGAUGAAAGAAAAUUUGUGGCUCAUCCUUUAUCGAAUUUUAUAAAAAUUCUAUAAAAUAUAUAAGUGGCUCCUCGCAAGAUGCCAGGAGCAAGCCUACGUAAGCAAUUUUCACCUAAAAGUUUUGAGAUCGUAACCGACAAGGCCAAGUGACGUUAUUUGUUGAUGUAAUAAACCCUAAAAAGGUAUAUUAAAACUAAUUAGGAAACUAAAUAAUAUAGUAAUAUCGUAUACAUAUCUAUGCUCAUUUUCCUGUAAAUUAAUUAGAUAUUUUGUGGCAUCUUCCUCGAUAGUAUUAUAAAUAGAGGCAAUGGAGCAAUGAAACCAAACCAGAGCAAACUUGCAAAGUCUCAAGAUAGUAAGCAAAAAAAGAGUAAACACACAAAUCUCUCUCUUGCGACACAAGCAACUAGUCUUGAGACACAAGCAACCCAAAAAAACAUGCUUGAUACCGCAGCUAUAUGGGGAAUAACCGGCACGACGGUGACGAGCUUCAUGUUCAUAUGGGCGAUAUACUCACAAUACGUCCCUCGCCAUCUCCGAAGCUACAUAGAGAAAUACGCAUACAAGAUGAUCGGAUGGGUCUCUCUCUACGUCCACAUCAAGUUCAACGAGUACACAGACGAAGGUCUCAAAAGAAGCGAGAACUACGACGCAAUACGCAACUACCUAUCCACCAACUCCGCGGCUCGUGCCCUGAGGUUAAAGGCAGACGAAUCCAAAAACAGCAAGGCCUUGGUGCUCAGCAUGGACGACCACGAGGAGGUUGAAGAUGUGUUUGAUGGUGUGAAGGUGAAGUGGUAUUCGAAUGUGAAGGCGAUUCAGACAGAGUCUAGUGGUUAUGGUCGAAGCAGCUCGGGCGAGAGAAGGUUCUUUACUCUUACUUUCCAUAGACGACACAGAGGGAUGAUCAUUGAGAGUUAUAUAACUCAUGUUUUGAGAGAAGGGAGAGAGAUAGGGUUGAGGAACAGAGAGAGGAAGCUUUUCACUAAUAACUCGAGCUCAGAGUGGUAUGCUUGGAGGUCAGGUAAGUGGAGUAAUGUUCCUUUUCAUCACCCCGCGACGUUCGAGACUUUAGCUAUGGAUCCUGAGAAGAAAGAAGGGGUCAAGAAGGAUCUGGUAAGGUUUAGUAAAGGGAAAGAUUAUUACAAGAAGGUUGGGAAGCUGUGGAAGAGAGGCUAUCUCUUGUUUGGUCCGCCCGGGACAGGGAAGUCGACGAUGAUAUCUGCAAUAGCGAACUUCUUGGAGUAUGAUGUGUAUGAUCUUGAGCUAACGACCGUGAAGGAUAACUCAGAGUUAAAGAAGCUGUUGCUUGAUACUAAAGGCAAGUCUAUUAUUGUGAUUGAAGAUAUUGAUUGCUCACUAGAUCUCACGGGGCAGAGAAAGAGUAAAAAGGAGGAAGAUGAAGAAGAAGACGAGGAUGAGAAGAAGAAGGAGGAAGAAGAGAAGAAGAAGAAGAUGGAAGGUGAGAGACAGAGUAAAGUGACUCUCUCAGGGCUACUAAACUCCAUCGAUGGGUUAUGGUCAGCUUGUAGUGACGAGAAGAUUAUUAUAUUCACAACCAACUUUGUGGACAAGCUUGAUCCAGCCUUGAUAAGGAGAGGAAGGAUGGAUAACCACAUUGAGAUGUCUUACUGUAGGUUUGAAGCGUUUAAGGUUUUGGCUAAGAACUACUUAGAGAUUGAGACGCAUGAGUUGUAUGGAGAGAUCGAGAGGUUGCUCGAGGAGACCGACGUGUCGCCUGCUGAUGUUGCGGAGACUUUGAUGCCGAAGUCUGAUGAGGAAGAUGCGGAUGUUUGCAUCAAGCGUUUGGUGAAGACUGUGGAGGAGGAGAAGGAGAAGGCAAAGAAGUUGGCUGAGGAAGAAGAGAAGAGUAAAGCAGAGAGGGAAGAGAGAAGGAGAAAGAAGAAAGAGGAAGCAGAGGAGAAGAAGAAGAAGAAGAAGAAAGAGGAAAAAGAUAAGAAAGUUAAGGGUUCUGAAGAAAAUAGUGACCUUCAUGAGAGCAAUGGUACCAACUAAGAAGAUGCAAGGAAAAUAAUGUAUUUUGUCUACCUCUGGUGUACCAUGUAAGAAUUAUGAUGUUAUAUAAUUUUUUUUGUUAUAUUUAAAAGAUUGAUGUUUUAUAUUUCAAUUAAUGAAAUAUAUUUUUUGAA